AUGUCUGUGGCGAGUGCUGGGGAAGAGUCAGAAGUCAAGGCAGACGCUGCUCUUACGACCCCGCAUCAAGCCACUCUCUUUCUGCAACACUGCGGCGCACUCCUCUCCAUCACAACAAUGAGCAACUUGCGAACUUUUCGCGUCGUGCUCUCGCGUGAUCUCGAUCCAGAGAUCACAUCAUGGAAUUACACAGUUGCCAACCUCCCGCUGGCCAGGCAGACAAACGCGGCUGGACUUGUCAAGUGCUUUUCCCAUUUUUCUUCGGGAACGGUGCAGGAGAUCGUCCUGCGGUUUGAAAGCGCGCCCUCCAACCGUGUUACACGCAAAGAGCCUUUGGACAGACUCCUCCUUCUUUCGCUGGCGGACUUCCGCUUGCGUUGGCCUUCAAAGUCGCCAGAUGACCCACCACGCGUAGCCACUGGCAGAGAGAACGGCGAUUACGUCACAAGACUACUCACCACCGGCGUUGUACUCAAUGGGAUUCACUACCACUUCUUUGGUCAUUCAAACAGCCAAACGAAGUCCAGAUCUUGCUUCAUGUAUGGCGCAUCGAAAGAAGACAUCUCUGCCAAGAUCGAAGCUAUGGGUGAUCUCUCGAAACUCAAGUCCGUAGGCAAGAAAGCAAAACGAAUUGGGUUGCUUUUCUCUAGCGCAGAGGCCGCGCUUGAUCUCCCCCCGGAACGCUGCAGAGACAUCGACGACGUCAAACGCGAUGAUUACGUUUUCACCGACGGAUGUGGUCUGAUAUCUCUUCAACUUACUCGACAACUGGCCCAGAGACGCAACAUAAUAUUUCGCAAUCAGCGCUACCUACCGUCCGUAUUCCAAAUUCGAUAUCGUGGAUACCAGGGCGUAUUGACCUUGGACCCUACCCUUCAGGGUAAGGAACAGGUACAGUUUCGAGAAUCUAUGAGGAAGUUCAAGGAUGCGUCCGAUCACAGUUUCGUGGUCGUAGACUAUUCCAAGGUUAGAUUUCCAAAUCGUCUCUUGGUCUACUGA